UACAAAAGGAAACUGCUCCGGCAACAGCUAUCGGUAGAGGGCACUGUGAGCCUCUGUGGGGACGCAAAUUUAGAACAGCCUUGUUGCUGAGUGGUGAGAAACUAUUCAGUUGGGAUUUGUGAUGUGGCUUGAAGGGUGAUUGCGUGUAAUGGGGGCCUCUGCCUCCAAAUCCAGAGCCCACGCCACCAAGGGUCGGCUCUCCUAUUCCUCCAACCAUCCAGACAGACCAUCACCUCCUGGAAAACCACAACUGGUUCCAGUGACGUCACACUUUGAACCGGAUGUCGUCACCAUCAGGUGGGAUCCUCCAGUCUAUGAUGGCGGCUCAAAAAUCACAGGCUACCUGGUGGAACACCGCCGCACCGGUUCACCACACUGGGUGCGGUCGUCUCCCGCCCUGCUCCGCGCCCCGGAGCUGACCCUGUCCGGCUUGGAGCCCGGCUGGCGGUACCAGUUCCGCGUCUCCGCGCAGAACGCGGCGGGCCUUUCCGCGCCCGGUGACCUGUCUGAACUGCUCACUGUCACCCUGCAGCGAACUGCCGCUUCCGCGCCGCACUUUCUCACCGAGCUGCGCGAUCUGCUAGCAACCGAAAACGAAAAGGCGGAACUGACAGUGGAGGUGCGAGGCACUCCUAGUCCGACGGUGGCCUGGUACAAAGAUGGCGUGGAGGUUUAUAGUGGGCGACGCCACCGCAUUGUCACCGAGAACGGUUGUAGUUCACUCAUCAUCUACCAGGCGGCUCUCACCGAUGAGGGAGAGUUCAAGUGUACGGCGACCAAUCGGGUGGGACAUGCUGUCACCAAGGCCACGCUAACUAUUCAAGCGCCGCCCAGUAUACGCCUACCUCGCCAGUACGAAGAGGGUCUGCUAUUCGAGAAGGACGAGGUGAUCAGGUUAAAGGUGACUGUGGCCGGUAAACCUCUGCCAGCGGUCACGUGGCAUCACAAUGGCGAGCCAAUUGUCAACAAUAAUCGGUGCGAGGUGUCGACGAACGAGAGAUUCGCCAUGUUGAAGAUGGACGAGGCGAGGCGCUCGGACCGCGGCGAGUACCAAGUCAGAGCCGCCAACCAACUCGGCGAGGACACGGCUUCGUUCUUGGUCACUGUCACUGACAGACCUCAGGGACCAGGGAAAGCCUGUGUUGUAAUGACCCUGGGAAGAUCGGUGACAUUAUCAUGGUCUGCCCCUGAGGACGAUGGAGGCUGCAAGAUCGGCAACUACAUUGUCGAAUAUUAUAGGAUAGGCUGGAAUAUGUGGUUGAAAGCAGCUACUUGCCGACAGCUGACCACCACACUGGGUGAUCUCAUACAAGGCUCCGAGUAUAAGUUCCGAGUUAAGGCUGAAAAUCCGUUCGGUGUGAGUGAACCUGGAGAAGAGUCAGAUAUCCUUUUCAUUCCGGAUCCACAGAGAGGUCUACUAUCGGCACCAGAGCACCGCGAUGAGACGGCAAGUGCAGCCAGUAAGCGGUCGACAAGCUCCCUGAUGGACUGGUUAUCAUCAGAUGACAACUCGACAUCAGCCAGCCGCAUCAGUCCGCUGCCGGAGCGAACCAAGCGAAAACUGAAGACACCGUCAAUGUCGGACGACGAAGAGAUGCGACUCGAGAAGGAGGCAUUCGACAAAGUGCGACAAAGAGGGCCCAAAGCGCCCAAACGGAGAACCAAAGCUAAAGACAAGGAGGAGGAUAUUGAGGCCAAAAUGAACACAGAUUAUGAGACAAGGAUUAAAGAAAAACACAAGGAGGAAAUUAUGAAUGAUGAGAGAAGGACUAAAGCAAGAUAUAAGGAGGAAACUGAAGCUAAAGUGAAUGAGAAAUCUGAAGGGAAGCCGGAUAUUUUGAGGUCAGAAAGCUUUCAAGAUAAGAAUGACCUGACACAUGGAAGCUCUGAGCUCAUGCUGGUGAUUCUGCCAAAUAGAAGUAGGGAGACAACCGAGGAGAGAGAAUCUACAAAGAGAGAAAUCAUGCAGUCGCUGGAAGAUACAGACGCCGAAAUCGCCCCACCCAUGUCGUUAUCGGCGCCUGAAUUGGGCAGCAUAGAGCCAGAAACACUGCUGCAGCGCGCCUGGGUGAGUUCCACUGAGCUGCUGCACGAGAGAGCGAUGGCCCGCUUCUAUCAGGCGGCCGAGGAAAACGAGAGAGAAAGAAACACCAGGAGGCAACGAAAAGUGAGCAGUGAUCGUCAUUCAACGUGCUCGUCAGCCUCGUCUCAUAGUCAGGGAGAAAUGACGGCAGCAGCCAUGUUUGCUAGGUCUUCUUCACAUGAGGAAAUCUACAGGGAACCUAGAGAUACAAAACUUGAUAGAAUGAAGAGUGACGAUGCACCCACCAGAAAACAAUCUAUGUACGAAGAUGAGCCCAGAUAUGCUCAGUCUACAAAACAGGAUAGAAUGAAGAUUGAUGAUGUUCCUCCCUCCAGAAAACAAUCCUAUGAUCAUUUAGAACAGGACGAAAACAGGUCUGCUGUGGAGGAGGAGUUGGCGGAAGAGGAGGAGGAGGAAGAAGAUUAUUCUAUAGAGAGUGUAGAGGAAGAGGAGGAGGAGGAGGAUGAAGAAGACUAUGAUCUGGAUGAUGAUGACAACGCAAAAAGACAUGAUUUCGAAUCAACAGCGCUUGGAGAGUCAGAAGGUGAAUACGAGGAGAGACCCUCCAACUAUAUGAUUGAAGAGGACACUUAUCAUCCAAGAAAUAUGACACCGAGAAUAGUUUCAGUGCAGAGGAAGCAGAAUACGAAUAUCUCUGAUAACCUGAAAGCGGUGACUGGUUUAGCGACUGCAGUGGUCAGUCACUCCAUCACAAUACCCGUUGCAUUUAGACCGGUGUCGACUACAAUAAUUUCAAAACCGAUGUCAAACCUCAAACCGCCUGUUCCCGAUCAUCAUGUUAGGAUAGAAGUGACUCCACCUCCUGAGACAGAAAUUUCAAGGAAAUCAGCCUCUCCAGGGCGUAAAUCCCCAAGUUUGGAAGCAGAUCAACCAUACUUACCGCCUCGUUUCACACCGGACGGAAGGUACCUGCCAAACCCCAAGCCUCAACUUCCAAAGCCAAUCUUGAAGUGCCGCGACAGCUCUGAAGAGAGAACACUGUCAAACCAGAACUUGAGCGCGAAAGAGAAGAGAGAUAGAGCUGUAGCACCGCUGGCAAAUGUGGAGUCCGAACUGAAUGUGGUCUCUAGUCACUCCAGCUUUGAGUUGACUCCUGAACGAGACAAGGUCAAGAAGAAACAUGUUCGGAUAUCAGAGCCUGGAGAUAGGAAGUCUGAUAACAGCGGCAGUGUAAAGAAAACUAAAUCGGAAUCUAGAACGGAAAUUGAGACCGAUGCAACCAAAUGUCUGAUCCACCAUUACAGUGAUAUUGUGAAGGAGUAUGGUCAUGUGAAGAAGGUCGCUACACCUCUUUAUCUAAAUUAUGAGGAUUUGAAAGCAGCUGCUCAAAAAGUUGAGGAGGCUCAAUAUGCACCCCCCAACCAAAAACAACAAGUCGACUAUAUUGAAGAAGAUACAUCACCUGAAAUAAAAAAUAUACCAGUGGAACUGAAAGACGAGAAAACUAUCGAGAAACAAGAGACUAGAAAACUAUUCAAAGACGACAGAUUAGAGUUGAAAAUACAACCAAAAACCGAAGUAAAAUUAAAGGAGAGUUCAAGUGAGGUGAAAGUAGCAUCUUCCAAGAAUUACGAUUUUGAUGAUAGAGUUGCUCAACUGGAGAAGAAAAUGAUGGCAUUCCAAAAAUGCGAUGAUUGGAAGCAAAAAGCAGAAAGCUACCAGACACCUUCCAAGAAAGAAUCUCGAUCUCUGAAGCACAUAGAGGUGCAAGCUUCUGAGCCAUCAAAAAUUGAAAAUGAUCCAUAUGUGACUGAGAAGAAAUUGCAUUCUUAUGUGGAUUACCUGACAGAUGUAGCGAUGUUUAUUGUGGCGUGUUGGUUGUAUUUAUGCAAAGACGAGCGACUUGCUAUACCAGUCUUAGCUAUUAUGGUUUACCGGCAAGCAAAAGACUACACCAGGGAGACUUACAUGAACACCAAGCAGGCUAUUAAAAACAAAAUUCCGGCGCGUUGGAGACAUAAAAUUCAAUAGAACAUAUAGGAAAAUAACAGAUUACAAUUGACUGUACUAUAGUGAGGUCCACGUUAUAAAGGCAGUGGAGAAAGAUAAGAGAACAACGUUGCCAAUGCUCUGUCUUGUCAAUGCUUUCUAUAGACGGUAGCUGAUACAGGUUUAUUGAUCUAAUUAAUACAUGUUUAUUGACUGUUCAUUCUCGUUAAAAAUAAUCAAUAAUACAUUUGUAGAUUGUACAAAUUGUACAAUUAUGUAUUGUAUUUUAUUAAGCAAGAAAUGAUAUUUUUCAAUAACUUCAUAAUUAAGAUAAAAUAUUUUGUUAAUUAAUUAUUAAUUCUACAUUGUUGAAAGACGAUCUGGCAACAGAGCAAAGCGAGAAAGAGAUAGCGCUAUCCGCUUUGUUGAAUGAUAGACAAGGAUAGCAAUACCAUUGCUAAUCAAACACUGCCAUUAUAACGUGGACCUCACUAUAAUAUCGUGUGACCUGGAUGGCACAGGUGUGGUGUCAGAGUUUUCAAUUUGAAAGCAAUCAUAAUUCACCUGAUUCAGACAUCCAUCAUUACGUCAGUACGUAAUGGCAUGGAACUUAUAUCCUGACUUUUUAAAACGUUAUCUAAGUCAUAUUUUUUUGUGAAUCUAUGUAAAGUACUUAGUUAUAUCCGUGAUGGGAAUUUAAUAGAUAGGAAAAUAUUAUCUAAUAAAUGUAUUUUAAUAGGGCUACUUAGAUGUUUUAUUAUCAAUGAAAAUUACACUUAAACUACAAAAAAUUACAAUUACAACUAAAAUACUCUCUCUACAACAAAAUU